AAGGCCCUUGUGUGAUGUGGCAAUGGUUGAUUGGUGCAUAGACGUGGAAGCUGUGACAUUCGGUGUGCGAUCUCGGUUCGAAGUUGUAAGCGUUCAACGAUAAGGAGCCGUCGUCGGAACUCGGAAGUGGGUUUGCGUCGUUGUGAGGUUUAACGAGACGAUGAGGGCGCUGUUUCUGUUCUUCGUUCUCUUCUCUUUCAGCUAUGCCACCGAACAAAUCUUUCCUGCUCAUAUCGGUAGCAUUUUCGGUGGUGGCGGUGGUGGCCGCUCUCGCGAACCCAAAUACAAGAUCGAAUUUCAUCCCGAAGAUUCCCCUUUUCACCCUGAUGAUGAUCAGGAAUCUAUAGUCAUGCCGGAUAAAACUGGACAGAAAUAUAUAUGUUACUUACCUAAAGUGGAAAAGGAAAAAAGUGGAAAGCCUGUUAUCCAACACAAUAUUAGCAGCAUGAUUGUGGAAACUGAGAAAAGGAUUAAGCAGAAGACACCAGAUGAACUGCUAGAAGUAUUAAGGGGUCCAUGUUUUCUCAGACAAGAAGGUUGGUGGUCAUAUGAAUUUUGCUAUCAAAAGAAGUUGAGGCAACUACAUCUGGAGGAUGAUAAGGUUGUCCAGGAGUUUGUCUUGGGAGUGUAUGAUCCGGAGGCUACAGCUGCAUUUAACGAAAAUCUGUCCGACAUUUCUACAUUGAAGGAUCCCCGGUCAAAAGAUGCAUCUCAAAGGUAUCAUGCUCAUCAAUAUACUAAUGGCACCGUAUGUGAUCUUACAAAUAAGCCACGAGAGACCGAGGUGAGGUUUGUAUGCUCUGAACCGAGAGCAAUGAUUAGUUCAAUCACAGAGAUUUCCACUUGCAAGUAUGCACUUACAGUGCAAUGUCCGCAGCUAUGCAAGCACCCAUUAUUUCAAGAGGAGAGACCAGUAUGGCACACCAUCGACUGUAAUGUGCUUCCAAAAGAUCACGUGGAUGCCAAAGUGAGACGACAAAACGAAAAUACGGAGAUUGUUAUAGUGAAAGACUUCGAAAAUAGUGACUUAGAGUCAGAACAAUGAUGUAAAUAUACAUAAUGAGAAUAGCUAAAGUUGCCAUCAUGUAAUUUCUACGGUGAAAGAAAACAUGUAUCUUCUACUAAUCCUCUUUCCUGACAGUGCUAAGCCACAGUGCUUUUUAACUUUAGAAAGAUCAGAUUUAUAUAAUUCAUCUUGAAGAAGUCCUUGAAGCUCACGCGAGGAUUUUAUUUUCUUCAUUUA